AUGGAAACAAUCCUUAACAGAGAUACUGCCAAACAAAUUUGGGACUCUAUGAAUCAAAAGUAUCAGGGUUCCACAAGAGUCGAGUUUGAAGUUCUACAGAUGAAAGAGGGCGAGAGUGUUGAUGCAUAUUUUGCUCGAACUUUCACCAUCCCAAACAAGAUGAAAAUUCAUGGCAAAAACAUGAAAUCGGUGGGGAUUAUUGAAAAAAUCUUGAAAUCAAUGAACUCAAGAUUUGACUAUGUUAUAUGUUCGAUUGAAGAGUCUAAUAACUUAGACACUUUAACUAUCGAUGAAUUGCAAAGCAGCUUGAUGGUACAUGAGCAAAUACUGAAUGGAUGUGUAGGUGAUGAACAAGCACUAAAUGUGACAUAUGAUAAUAGAAUCGGUGGAAGAGGAGGUGAUCGAGCUCAUGAAGCUUUUCGAGGAAGAGGUAGAGGAAAUGGAAGAAAUAGACAUCUAUUCAACAAAACUACAGUUGAGUGUUAUAAGUAUCAGUUAGGACACUCUAGAUAUGAGUGUCCUCAAUGGAAGAAGGAAGCAAAUUAUGCUGAGCUUGAGGAGGAAGAAGAGAUGUUGCUGAUGUCAUAUGUGGCGCUCAAUCAAUCAAGGAGGGAAGAUGUACGUUUGGUUCCUUAA